CAUUCGCAAUUGAACCUUACAACGUGAAGGACGUGCACGAACGAAUGAACGUAUAAACGAAAUACAAUAACAGUGCGAGCCCUUCAAACGAAAUUAUUUUCGACUCUCACAUGACGAUAAAGAGAGAACAAAACAAAAACGUAAUAAAAGAGUGUAAUUAAAACAACAUAUGACGUAGUAAAGUACAACAAUACAAAAGUAAAGUGAGCGUGUAUGUGAGUGUGCAAAUGAAAUUUAGAGGGUUUUUGCGCAAUAAUAUUUGUGUAUCCUAAGGAUUGUUAUAGAAACCCAAUAGAAAAGAUACGAAUACAAACAUACCUACAAAACGAAAAAUCAAAUACACGUACGGUGCGGCAUAAAUUAUAACAAGAGAAAUAUUUUCCUUAAGAAAUUUUUAGUGAAUUAUUUGCAAUUAAUUAACAGAAAAAAAUACUGAGAGUUUAUUACUAAAAUUAUAUUUAUUGGAUAAAUUACCAAAACUAACAACAACAACAAAAAUGUCUGAAAAAUCAUCGGAAUAUUUAAAACGCACCUGCCUCAUCUGUGGUUGUCACACAAACCAAACCAUCAACAUUUAUGAGCCACGCAGUGGACCAAAUAUUGUACAACUUAUACAGGCCAAAUUUAAAUUCCAGCCCUUAAAUGAGGACAAAUAUUUAUGCUUCAGCUGCAAUAACUGGCUCAUCAAUUGGCAUUCGUUGCAGGCUUUAAACAGCAAUGAUGCAGAAAGUCCUUCGGGUACCUUUCGAUCCCAUCUGAAUAGUGGCAAUGUAAUGCAAGAUGAGAAAAGUUCAGGCUCCAAAAAACAAGUAGCCGUUUGUCGACCCAUUGCUCAAGUCAAACCCAGACAACUGGCAGAGCAGGAACAACUGGUAACAGCACUGCAACAUGUCAACACACCACCUGAGCAAACGGAACAAACCUCAAGAUCAGAAACUGAGGACAACAGUAAACCUAUGAGUAAAAUCAAUUUCAACAAGCGUAAUUUCCGUUUACAAUUAGCCAAACGUGUAGGAGCUAGAGUGCAGCAGAAAUCAAUGCAACAAUGUAGUUGUGGCAAAUACAUGGUGGUGCGAGCAGCUAAAACUUCCCUGAAAAUGCCCACACAAACAGCACUGAAAUGUCGCAAGUGUCGGGAGUUUUCUCGCUUAAAAGCCUGUUAUCUGCGUAGUAUUGUUCAAGUGGAACGAGAGCUAUCGCAACGAGAAGCUCCACUAUUUAUUGCACGUAAUCCACAAAAUCUAGUCAUUGAAACUGAAACUGCAACAGAAAUAGAAAUCACAGAAAACGAAAGCCAAAGUAUACAACAAAAUCAUACACAACAACAGCAACAAUCACCACCUCAACAAAUACGUCAACAGUUUUUGCCAAAACCCACAGUUGAUGGCAAGGUUGUCUCCAUGUUAAGGCGCUUGGGCACCACACUAACACGUGAACCACAAGAAAACGAAAGCAACACCAGCACUUUACCACAAAUUAUGAGUCCCACUAAACCAAAAUCAAAAUGGUUGCGUCCCCUAGAAGAUGAUGAAGUUUUAGUCAAUUUCGAUACAAGCAUAUCGGAAGUUCUACCCUCUUUGGCAGAUCAGUUUACACAUGUUAACUCGUUUACAGCCAGAAAACGUCUAAUGUUUCAGGUUUCCGAAACAGCGGAAGUAAUCGAUUUAUGCGAAGAAGAAGAGCAAGAAAGUAAUGAAGAACUUAUGGAAAUGGAAACAACAACAGAAGAAUUUACCAAUACAUUCAAUUUGCCCAAAGGUUUAACAAUUACUUUGGUUUAAAAUGCCAAAAAAUAAGCAUAAACUAACUAAAACAAAAAAUAUUGCAAAUAUUCAAAGCUGCAACAAAAGCAAAAAAAAAACUCACACAAAAUUAAAAAUCUAUUCAUGCUACCAAAAAGUAAAACAAAACCAACAAACAAAUUUUAGUCAAAUUUCUAGCCUCUAAACGAAAAUUGUAUUGCAUAAAGAAAUCGAUAAUUAUACGAUAAACGAUAAAUCUUAAAACAUUAAUUGUAAAUUUUGAAACGUUACACAUCAUGUAUUUAACAAUAGUCAACAACACAUACCCAAAAAAAUUAUACAAAAAAAAUACCUUUUUAAAAAAAAUAUAUGUUUAAAUUCCACCGUUUUUAAACAAAGAACAUAUACAUACAUAAAAUUCAACAACAAAAUACUUGUUAUUCAGUUUAUAAUCAUACACAAAUUAUGUUAAAAUUUUAAACAAUCUAGUGAAUUUUUUUUAUAUUUUUUUUAAUUGUAAUUUACAAAUGUUUUAAUUU